CGCCGCUCCCUGCUCAACACUCGCCGCCGCUUGAACAGCUUCUUCUUCAGCUCCUGAGAGGGAGGAAGAUGCUAAUCAGACGGAGGCCGCGCACCGCGACCCAGGACUCCCGCACCGGGCGACUCUGGCCCAUCGAGCUCAUCUCGGGCUAGACGAGAGGGCUCUGGGGCGCUUGGGAAACAGAGUCGGGGCUCCCACACAGUCACCGUUCGGGGCCGGUUGAUCUUUCCCCCGGGAGCGCCCAUGGCUGCGCCGCGAUGCCGGUUCCGGGUCCAAGUUUCCGCUAGGCGCAGGGUCCGUGUGGGCCCCGCCCAUCAGCCCUCCGCAAGCCAAUCGCAGCUCGGGGGCGGGGCCUUGGCUAUAUAAAGGAGCUCCUCCGGGUUGCGCUCCUUUCCGACAGCGGCGACCCAGUCUAUGGAGCCGCCCUAGGAGCCGGAGCUGGCGUAUCCCCUCCUCUCUUCCACUUCCCGUUGCAGCCAAUAAAGGCCAUUCGUACCGGAGUGGAACGUUCUCUGGCCGACGUUGCCGGCACCUCCAGAUGGCCGCGCUGCGCCGAACCUUCCACGUGGCGACCCUAGCGGCGGGGGCGCGCCGCGCCUUGGCGGGCUCCCUGGCUGGUAGCUGCCUGGCGGACCGCUGCCUCUGGGAUAAGCUCCAUGCCCAGCCCCGUGUGGGCAGCGUCCCCACCUUCGACUGGUUCUUUGGAUACGACGAAGCCCAAGGGCUCCUACUGCCGCUGCUGCAGGAGGCACAGGCUACCUGUCCACUGCGGGUGUUGGACGUGGGCUGUGGGACCUCAAGCCUGUGUACAGGCCUCUACACCAAAUGCCCGCACCCCGUGGAUGUGCUGGGGGUAGACUUCUCUCCUGUGGCUGUGGCCCACAUGAACAGCCUCCUGGAAGGUGGCCAGGGCCAAAAACCCCUGUGCCCUGGACACCCUGCCUCCCACCUCCACUUCAUGCAGGCUGAUGCCCAGAACCUGGAGCCAGUGGCUUCCUCAGGCUCCUUCCAGCUAGUGCUAGACAAGGGCACCUGGGAUGCUGUUGCCAGGGGUGGUCUGCCUGGGGCUUACCAGCUGCUGUCAGAAUGCCUGAGGGUCCUAAGCCCCCAGGGGACACUGAUUCAGUUCUCAGAUGAGGACCCUGAUGUGCGGCUGCCCUGUCUGGAGCAAGGGUCCCAAGGCUGGACUGUGACUGUGCAGGAGCUAGGUCCUUUCAGGGGCAUCACCUACUUUGCUUACUUGGUUCAAGGCUCUGAUUAAAGACCUUUUAGUCCUGA